CUGGUGACUGAACGUUAACCUCGAUAACUCUACUCCGCUCGGCAGUAACGAUACUCAGUUGUCGGCCCUCGAGAGAGCAUCAGCCCGUCUCUUCGUUAACGUUAGCUUCGCAGCGACCGUGGCCCCGCGUUUCGCAGUAAAACUCACCCCCUUGAGUCUUUUAAUGAGAGUGUUCUUCUGACCGCUCUUCGACAGUCCCCUCUCUUCAAGAGCAGCCUUUAAGUCCGCUACUCGAAGGGACUGGAGCGGUCUCCCGUCCAGCGUAACGUCUUCAAGGUCCGCCAUUUUCCGUUCCUCUUGUCAGUUCCCAGCGAGAGCGACGAUCAACGCCUUCAUCCACGCGACGUCAUCGACGACGACUUCCCCCGAAAUCAAAAAUAAAAUAAAACGUUUCUCAAUACUUAAAAUCCCAGACCACACCAAAAUUAAUUUCAGCACUGCUAAAUAUGCGCCACAUGUAUUUGUAAUAAAUGCGUUGCUACAAAUAAUGGUUUUAAUAUUUGCGCAAACAUCUGCGCAAACUUGACUUCCUUCACAGUACCGCUACUUAGCUGCGCCCCGCUUCCUGUUAGCUGCUGUUUGGAUUUUUGUGACUCGAUCGGCUUCUCUUCGCCUCCAAAAUGUCUGCAGUGAGAUGAUAUAAGUUUUAAAACCAUGGGGACUCACAACUGUUAAAAGUAGUUAUUCGUAAGUAAUAACGGCUUUAAAGUGAGAAUCCGUCCGGUUGCGUUGCCUAGACGUAAAUUAAGCUAAGCUACAUGUAAACGUUACACGAAACAGAGGAUUAUUUUACUCUUUAAAAGAUGUCGUGGCUCAAUUAUGUUAGUCAAGGCUCAAAUCAGCAUGAGCCCACUGACAACCAAGGACUUGCAGACAUUCUUUGCAGUUCUCCCAGCGCAUUGUUCACAUGCCCGAUAGAGGGACCAGCGAGCACUGCAAAGCACGGAUCAGCUGGUUUCUCUUCUCCCAGCUCGAGUGACUUUCCACCAGCUCCCCAAGGUGUAGUGAGCCCUCCCAGCCUUGAGAAGCUGUCCUGCGCUUGCCCGAGUGCAGGUCCAGUUAGAGAGCCCGAACCCAUCUCCUAUGUGACCCUCCAGGAGCAGCGGUGUGUUCUGAGCUGGUUCCAGGGCUGGACAGCCGCUCAGAGGGAGCGGUUCCUCCAGGACCUUCUGGGGAAAGCUGUGCCGGGGAAAGUGUGCACCCUCCUUGACUCACUCAGUACUCUCCAGGUUAAAGACAAACUUCCAAACAUCUUUGAGUGCCAGCUCCGCCUGUGGACACAGUGGUUUGAGUCUUGGGGAGAAGAGGAUAGGAAUCAUUUCCUGCACAUGCUGGAGGAGCGGGACCCCGAGUUUGUUAGCCACUUUUACAGGAGUGUGGCGGGUACAGCAGGAAGAGACUGAGCGGUGUCUGUACUGUGAUAGAAAACCAAGUAAAAGAGGUGAUGUGUGGUGUGGUAUUCACAUUAUGUGUGAGAGUGUACUCAACUCUGGUGAGCUUUCGUGUAGAUAGUAGUGAUUUAAAAAAAAAAAAAAAAAAAAAAUUCUUGUCCCCAAUUCAUGUCGGAAGCUCCAGUUUCUUGAUUCAUUGAUAUGGACUUCUAAAUGAACAUCUAGCUGUUGGAAAAAUAACCAAACAGGUUUAUUUCUUCUGUGAUAUUUGUGAGAUAUUAACACAUCUGGGACAACAUGGACAAGAGAACAUUUAAAGAAAAAAGAAAAGAAUAAAAAUGUUUUGUAUAU